AUGCAAAACGCGUGGGUGGCUAGCAAGGCCGAGGAGAUCCAAAGGUACACCGACCGCAAUGAAUGGAAGAAUUUCUUCUCUGCGAUUAAGACUGCCUACAGUCCGCCAGCCAAAGAAGCUGCACCUUUUCCCGGCACCGACGGUAGUACCCUACACACCGCGGUGACAAAGCCCACAGCGAUAGGUCGAGCACUUCAGAGGCGUCCUCAACCGCUCCUUCACCAUCUCUGACGCCGCCAUGGUCCGUCUGUCUCGAGACCAACGUCGACCUCCACUUCUCCCUCUCUCGAAACUAUUAAGGCCGUGCAGCAGCUCUCCAGCGGAUCGGACGCGAUCCCCGCUGACAUUUGCAAGCCCGGUUGCCCCAAAGCAUGGAUAAUCUGACAGCACUCUUCGAGGAGGUGUGGUGUUAAUGAGAAGUCCCGCAGGAUUUCAAGGACGCCACAAUCGUGAACCUAUACAAACGGAAAGGGAACCGCCACGUCUGCGACAACAACCGAGACAUCUCCCUGCUGAACAUCGCUGGGAAGAUCUUCGUUCGCAUUCUUCUCAACCGCCUGAGCAACCAUCUGGAACAAGGUCUCCUGUCUGAAAGCCAGCGCGGCUUCCGUCGUCAUCGCAGAACCACCGACACGAGCUUUUCCGCCCGUCAACUGCAGGAGAAGUGUCGGGAGAUUCGGACCCACCUGUACUCUACUUUCGUGGAUCUGACGAAAACCUUCGGCACGGUGAAUAAUGAAGGACUGUGGAAAAUCAUCCAGAAAUUCGACUGUCCCGAGCAAUUCACUCAGAUGGUGCGUCAGCUCCACAAUGGCAUGAUGGAGCGAGUAAUGGACAGUGGAGCUGUCUCAGAGGCAUUCGCAGUGACCCACCGAAUGAAACAGGGCUGCGUACUCGCGCCCACCCUCUUCAGUCUCAUGUUAUCUGCAAUGUUGAUGGACGCCUACCGUGACGAACACCCGGGGAUCCGCGUCGCCUACAGGACGGACGGUCACCUCCUCAAUCAGCGACGAAUGCACUUCCAGUCAUACAUCCACGAUUGGACGCAGCGCCAGCCCCUGUUUGUGAAUUUUUGGAAGGCAGUACAUUCUGGGUAUUAUUGUGACUACACGUCUGAGUCGUCCAAACUUCCUGUCAAGAGCGGAUCAGCGGAUUAG